GCACAGUGGCCACGCUUGAAGGCGCCCCGAAUGAAGUUAUCGUGUUACGCGGGAGAGCUGCCCACGCUGGGUGAACUCGAACUGUUGGUGCGGUACAAAAAUGUGUCCGUCAUGUGCACACUAAUUGUGCUUGACUGUGCAGGACCGAGCCUAUGUUGACGUGACCUGAUAACGGCGCUCAGCCAUAUGGGCGUGACGAUUGGACAGCUGACGGCGCCGGAAUUACCUGCCGCUACACGUUCAUCCGCUCACAGGGUGAACAGUAUGCUUGCGGACUACGAAGACGUCUUCUCGGCUGACCUUGGACUCAUCAAAGGUCCUCCUGCCAGCCUGAAGCUCAAGUCGACAGCGACGCCAAAAUUCUGUCGGCAGUUCACCCUGGUCACCGACCAUCAACCCCUGCUCGGACUACUGAGGCCUCAUCGCCAGACAUCAACGAUGGCGGCAGCUCGCAUUCAACGGUGGACACUGUUCCUGGGCGGCUACCAGUAAAAGCUGCAGUACGUGCCUAGGAAGCAACUGCUGACAGCAGGUACCCUCAGCAGACUUCCAGUAGAGGCGUCUGGGCCAACGUUGGAUGGCGACCCACCCGAGUACGCCUUGUCAUUGGAGGCCCUAGAUGGAGGUAUUGUAACGACCCACGA